GAGUCUUUCGCGUUGACACCCCGGCGAGAUCUAUUAACUCUGGUAAGUAAAAAAAAACGCGGUCAAUUCCCAACCCAAAGCUUCGUGAGUUGGUCUCUCUCUCUCUCCCUCCCUAUAAUUCACCUCACUCAUUCGACCGUUCCACGGCUCCAUUAUUCAUCAUCAUCCAUCCUCAUUUGAAUUAUUCCGGACACAAACGAGCUUAAAACGUGCAUCGUAGUAGUAGUAGCAGCAGCAGCAGCAGCAGCAUCCCCAGAUCGAGAGGGAGAGAUAGGUUCGGAGCGGAGGAGACCAACAAGUACUCCUCUCCGGGUACUUUCCAUGAAGAAAAUGCCCUACCUUUUCUCUCUAAUCGCGUCAUAAUACAGCCAUCAUUCGUUAAGUAACAAAGCGCCAGGGAUCGAAUUAUUACGGAGCGAGUGCAUCGAGAUUUGAUGCUUUUGGUCGAGAAAUCUACUCCAUUUCCUUUAUAAAUGAGGUGGAUUUUUGGAGACUCCAAAAGCACGCCACUUUGUGUCUUCAGUUCAUGCCGAGGUCAAAGACCCAUGUCUUAUUUUCCUGAAUCUGGAGAUGGGUUCGUUGGUUUUGAAGUAAGUUAAGUUCCAGAGGAUUCUACAAGGUUAGUGUGGGCUCACUAUUGCUGAAUUCUGAUGCACGGAUUCUGUUUGAUGAAAUGUUUCUGAGAGGGAAUGGCAUCUUCCAUGUCGGAGUUUUGGUGGUUUCAUUCUUAUGUUAUGAACCUUUGGGCUGUACACCAAAUCUCUUGUUCUUCUCAUUAGAAUCUCCUGUUUCCUAUCAAAUUGCUUUCUUUUGAUGAUUUUUACCACUUACAGAUUUGGUGGGUCGACACCAUUCAUAGCUCUCCUUGCAUUUGGAGUGUAUAUUCAAUAGCUGUCCACAAGGCCUUAGAGAAUGGCGUCCCAGCGCCGAAAAUCAACAAGUAACAAGUCGUCAAUAAACUAUUGGUGGAUUCCACUGGACAUUCGAUCCUUCGACCCCGAUGCAUUUCCUCCUAGCAAUUCUCAGGCAAAAAGCAGUGCGCAAUCAGAAACUACAUUGCAUGCCAAUAGAGUUAGUACAGCUCGGCUUUUAUCAGCUGUUGCCGGGUUAUGGGAUUUUGUUGGUCAACCAACAGUUCUAAAUGGUCAGAAAGCGAACAUCAUAUGCUACGACCAAAGAAAGAAUAAGUCGGUAUCUGGUAAAGGUGAAACUUUUAGCUACAAGCCCAAUUCUGGAGAUUGUCUCUCAUCCGCAGCGAAGUCAACGUUUGGAGAUCUCAAAGAGAUGAAGAGAACGCUUCUAUUUGCUUCGUGCAACAGGACUAUCAGUAAUUCUUUUAUCAGGAAAAAUUUGCAGGACGGUGAUACACAUACAGAUUCGCAAAGUGAUAAGGCUGAAAAUAUAGUGGCUUUUAGUGAUAUCAAGAACCCAAUUCGUGGCGUUGAUAGAAUUGAUUAUGAUUUGAAAGAUUUGGUUGAAGUUGAGGAGUAUGGCUUCUGUGGAAAGAAUAUCAGUGGCAUUGAUGAAAAAAAGAACCCUUUGGCUGAGUUUUCCUCCGCGAGUAAAGAGAAUGGUGUCGGAGAAGGAUGUGAAGUUUCUUUUACUGGUUCCAGUAAAAGUAAGGAAAACUUAAAGGAAGAUCCUAAUUCUUUUUGUUCAACUUACCCACUUCAACUGACGACAAGUGUAAAAGAGGCCAUUGUAGUUUUAGGAAACCCAAUUUCUGGUCUAUGCUCUAAUUAUAAUAGUGAACCUUUAAGAUCUACUGAUUGCUUAAAGGCUCAGCAGCAGCAAUCAAUAGAAUCCCAUUCUACUUUUGGCGAGUUGGUGGUAGAGGAGUCUGCCCGCAAGGAUUGUGAUGUUCAUAAGAACAAAAAGAUAACUUCUUACUUGAAUGUUCUUGAGGAGGAUUACUUUUCGAAUAAUUGGCUAUGCAUGCAACAAAGGGUCCAUAAUGCCUUUGCCGUUAAUAGGCAUGCUAUAGCUGGAGCACUGGCUGGGACACUGGUUAGCGUUUGUCUACAUCCUAUUGAUACAAUAAAGACUAUUAUUCAGGCUAAUGGAGCUAGUCAAAAAUCCUUCUCUGACAUCCUUAGGCAUAUCAUGACUGAAAAGGGGGUAGUGGGACUUUACCGUGGAAUUUCUAGCAAUAUAACUUCUUCAGCUCCAAUUUCUGCAAUUUAUACCUUCACAUACGAAUCUGUUAAGGGAGCUCUCAUACCUGUUCUUCCAAAGGAAUACCAUUCUCUAGCACACUGCAUUGCUGGUGGUUGUUCAAGCUUAGCAACUUCUUUUGUCUUUACUCCUAGUGAACGCAUAAAGCAACAAAUGCAAGUGGGUUCCCAGUAUCAGAACUGCUGGAAUGCCUUGAUUGGAUGCCUUGAAAAGGGUGGCAUAACUUCACUGUAUGUUGGGUGGGGUGCAGUUCUUUGCAGAAACAUCCCACAUUCAGUUAUUAAGUUCUACACCUAUGAACGCCUGAAGCAGUUGUUUUUGACAGCAGCAGCACCUAAUUCUACUCUUAGCUCAUGGCAAACAUUAGUAUGUGGGGGCCUUGCUGGAUCUACUGCAGCUCUUUUCACAACGCCUUUUGAUGUAGUAAAGACGAGGUUACAGACACAGACUCCAGGCACUCUUUGCAAGUACGAUGGUGUGCUUCAUGCGCUUCAAGAAAUAACCAAGCAAGAAGGUUUGCAAGGUCUCUAUAGGGGCUUGGCUCCGCGGUUGGCUAUGUAUGUCUCUCAAGGAGCCAUCUUCUUUGCAUCGUACGAGUUUUUAAAGGCCAUUUGCGCACUGGAUGUUCCGAAACAACCUUCUAGAGUCAUUGAAAAUGAGCAAAAAGAAGAUGAUGCUGUACAAUUGAGAGUGCAGAAACUGCAUUCCUAGGUCAGUGUCAAGGCUUCUGCAAAGUGGAGAUGAGAGAGGCAAAGAUAUACUAAAAUAAAGCCAAAUUCGAAUUGAAAGUGGUGUCAAAUUUGAAGGGCAAUUUCAAAAGCUUCUUAAACACUAAGAUUUUCCUAUUAUUUUUUAGCAAGAAAAACUUCCUCUAAUUUUUUUUCUUUUCUAAUUCCUUUUGUGAGUGGAAAUUCAACACAUGCUCGCUGAAGAUCGACACGCGAUGCAAUACAGCAUAGAUAUAGCAUCCAGAAGCAUUCCAAGUUUCUUCAGGAAUAAGCCAUUUUCAUUCUCAACUUGUCAACAUGUUCUAAGUGCCUGCUAAGGUGACAUUUGAACAUCAUUCUUGUACAAUUUACUAUUAUUCGUCUAAUGUUUACUGAAUUUAUCAAUAAAACAAAAGUUCGUA